AUGCGCGGCGGCGCCAGGUCGUGCCACCGCGUCUACCGCUGGCUCGUUCUCCGCAACUCGUUCUCUUCCCCGCACCUCCUCCCCGCUCUCACCCCUCGCUCCGUUCAUCCUUCCACUCCUCCGCCGCUCUUCCUGCCGAUUCCGCGCACCGUCUUUGCGGCCUCUACUAGCCCCGCCUUUGAGGCGUCGCAUAAACCGACGCCGUCGCGCACCGCCUUUCCCCCUAGUACCAGCGGCGGCUAUGAUCGGCGGUACGGCGGAAAGCAGCAGGCGCGGGGAUAUGCGCAGCAGGCGGGGGGAGGGCGGCCGCGCACGCCCAUGGCGGUGCCGUUUCAGGUGACACCUGAAGAGGCCCGGGCUCUGUUGCGAGAACACCUGACGGGACACCUGCUGGCGCCCGCCAUUGCUGACGUGGACUCGUCUGUGGCUCUCGCUGCCAUGUUCCAACCGUUCUGGACCUUCACUGCUGAUGGUGGGCGCAUGGGUGUGGGGGGGAAUGGGGAAGGGGAUGUGGUGUAG